AUGAAAUAGAGAUUAGUAACUUAAACUGAUGAUGGAUCCCAGGAAAAUCCUAUUCAAAAGUCUAAUUCACUUUAAACACAAUUUUAAAUAAUCUAAGUUGUAGGCAACGGCACAUUUGGGAUGGUUUAUUUGGUAAUUAACUGAAUAAUUUCAUAUAGGCUCUUGAUACAAAAACUAAUGAAAAAGUUGCUAUUAAGAAAGUAUUUCAAGAUAGACGGUAUAAAAAUAGAGAACAUCUCAUUAUAUAAGAAUUAAAUCAUCCUUGUAUUGUCAAAUUAAGAUAAGCAUUUUUCACAUAAGGGGACAAUUCUAAAAAUGUAAUAUAUAAAAUAAGGAGUUUAGGCAGAUGAUAUAUUUCUAAACUUGGUCAUGGACUACAUUCCUGAAACUUUAAGCAAAUUCAUCCGAAAUUACAAAAAGAAUAAAAACCCAUUUCCUAAUGUUUUACUUAAAAUUUACAGUUAUUAAAUGUUAAGAGCAUUGGCAUAUUUAUAAGGUAAUCUAAAAACUAAGAAAUUAGGAAUUGGAAUCUGCCAUCGAGAUAUUAAACCUUAAAAUAUUUUGGUUAAUCCUAAUAAUCAUGUAUUAAAAAUAUGCGAUUUUGGAUCAGCAAAACGAUUAGUCCCUGGAGAACCAAAUGUUGCUUAUAUUUGCUCUAGAUAUUAUAGGGCUCCUGAGUUGAUAUUUGGAGCAACAGAAUACACAACCUCUAUUGAUAUUUGGUCCAUAGGUAUUUAUUAAUGAAUAACUACAGGAUGCGUCAUCGUUGAAAUGCUUACUGGUGAACCUCUCUUUCCUGGAGAGUCAGCCACUGAUCAACUGGUUGAAAUAAUCAAAAUAUUGGGUACUCCAACAAUUGAAUAAAUUAAAAAAAUGAAUCCUCAGCAUUAAGAAUUUAAAUUUCCUCAGAUUAAAUGCCACCCAUGGGCUAAAGUAAUUUACCAAAAUAUUUAAGGUGUUUGCUAAAUUUAAACCAGAACCUUUGUUUGUUGAUUUUGUUAGCAAAUUACUUGUUUACCCUCCAAAGGAAAGAUUGAAACCUCUGGAAGCCUUAUUGCAUCCAUAUUUUGAUGAAAUCAGAUAAUAAGGAUUCUCCAUGCCAAAUGUGCAAUUGCCUAAUUUCUUUGAUUUCCAAAAAGGUAUAAAAUGAUUGUAAUUAUAAUAAUAGAGGAACUUUAGAUUCAACCUGAAAUUGCUCAUAAAUUAAUCCCUUCUUGGAUUAAGUAAAAAUAGUGA